CGCGGAUGAUUCUGAGCGGAUGUACAUAGAAAAUCUGCCUCCGCCAUUCAGCCAGUUAUAUUUUCCAUGGGUGCAUAAUGCAGUACUACAGUAACAACCGUAUCACCUUGGAUUUUAGCAUCGAUUCCUGCCUUGCGAGGUCACCAAGAUGCCUAUUUUCAUUGGAGACCUGAACCAGAGCGAAUAUGAAACAUCAGAAGUCAAGAAACUGAAACAUAUACAGGAAACCCGUAACUUGAAACCCGGUGACAUUGUCGAGUUCUUCGGACACGCUGUCCGUUGGGACGCCGACUGUGUUACAGAAGACAAUUGUCUUCGUUGGAGAAGAGUUGGUGACCCCCUGUGUGAUGAUGCGUUACAGCUCAUCUUUACGUCGCCUUCUGCAAGUGCAGGAAAAGACCUGCUCGAAUGUCUCCAACAAUACGUCUCUACAAACCCAGGACCAAAUGCUGCAACUAUUUUCUUAGGGGAUUUAAAUCAAAUACCACCGAAUAGUCUCAUCGCUUCACAAUCUCAAGUGGAAGCAGGACGUAGACUGUUUCUCGACCAUGCCGCACUGAUCAUGCAGGCUCUAUUGCAUUAUAGUUUGGCGGCAGGUUUUGCUAGUGCUCGAAUUACUAGGACUCUUCAUGCAGUAUCUUACCUUGUCCCUCCUCAUGAGUCGACCUCGCAGGCUUCAAGCGAUCGGAUUUACACUCGCCUUCUGGAAACGUUUCAAUUUGUCCUAGAUAUUAUGGGCUGUACCCCUACACCUCCUGCACCUUCAUUCGGCUCGAAUAUCGAGAUCAAACCUGUGAAGGAACCUCCUCAGCGACGUGCAGGUACGCUCGAGUAUCUCCUCCCAAGAGGUGAAGGCUGGAAGUCUGCAGUCAGAGUGAGGAUGCUCCACGGUGUCGCGCGUCGACGGGCAACAGAGCGAUGGAACAAGCUCAAGAUGAGAGACGCUGGCUAUGAUGAGGAACUUGACAUCCCGAUCAGUCAAGAAGACAUGAGUGCUACUCUAGCGUCUUUCUGUAUCAUACCACUUUGGUGCCUACAUCGUCUUGGCCUAUAUCCUGACCCCAUGCAAACUGAGGCUUUCUUGGCCGUCUGGAGACACGUUGGAUUUUAUUUGGGCGUCUCGCCGUCUAUUCUCCGACGUUACUUCACCUCAACAUCUGCAGCGGACAAGUUCUUGGCAUCCAUUGUACUUGACUUAUUUUCCAGCGACGAUAAUGCUCCACCUGACAUCGGUCCCAUUCCGACCAUGCCUAUCUUACGCGCAAUCUCUGGACGCCCUCCUGGCAACUCAUCUCUGGAGCAUAAUUGUGCUGUGACUCGGUGCCUCGUUGGAUUUGAACUCGCAGAUCACCUGGGUGUUCCGGAAACACGUGUCAUUACCAAGCUCAAACUUCACGCAACCUUUUUGUUAUACAAGAUACCAAUCUGGUUCUCAUGGUGGUAUCCACGUAAACAAUGGGCGGUAACACGACGAGAAGUUCUUAGUGAAGGUAUGGCAAGGAGCGUCAGGUGGAAUUUAGGCAUGCGUCGUACGAAUUUCCGGCCUAGAGGCAAUGUCAUUAAGAACGAGGGACUAGAUGAUGGACAGAUCGAAGAGCUGGAACGCGUCAUUCCUGAUCCUGAAGGCGGAAUGGCCUUAGUGAGAAAGUGGAGGGAGAUGUUAGCCGAGAUGAUUGGCGUUUGUUUGGGUGUUGUGUGUGUCGGGCUUGGAGGGUUGUAUUUUGGUACUAGAAUGUUCUUGUGAGGGUUGCAGAGACCCCCCCCAUUACUAUUGACCUUGUGCCGGUGUGUUCAAUCUUUCGUACCACAGUCUAUAGUCAAGUGUACUAAUGAGUUGUUCGUGAUCGUCGAUUAUCGUCAGAUAGAGCGGCUCCUGCCACAAGUGGUUGACGUUGGGUAUGUCGUAUGCCAUCAACCCCCGAUGCAUGGACGAGAGUAUACCCGAGCUCAGUGUACGAAGCAAGAUUCGUGGCAUUCAUCCCCUAAUUCACGUUGUGUGCCUAGUUCUUCGCGGGAACGGAACUCGGCUGUGCUCGCAAUGUCUAUUCACUUAACUUACUUGGAUCUAUCGUCGACAACCAAAUUUGCACUUGCUAAGAAUGGCCAUGUUAUUGGUAACG